ACGGCGGCGGGGUGGCUGUCCUGCGCGGGGGCGCCCCCAGGCCCGCCGGAAGCGCCCUGCGAGGAAAUGGAGCAGGCCGGGCCGGAGCAGCAGUGUGAGGCUGCCCGCCGGAAGCUGCGGGAGAUCGAGGACAGGAUCACCGAGGAGGACGAGGAGGAGGAGGGCGAGGACGACGAGGAGGAGGGACUUGCAGGCCAGCCUGAGGGCCACCUGCCCACCCUGGUCCUGUCCCACACGCUGCAAACUGGACUGAAGCAGGACUACGAAGGAAUCUUGACCAAGAAAAUCAUUGAAUCCAUGAGCCGUCCAUCGAUGGAGCUGGUGCUGUGGAAGCCUCUCCCUGAAUUCCUCCCUGAGAAAGACGAUUUGGCUUGUAUUAAGACCUACAAGCCAUUGGUCCCGGAAAGAUGCCUUGGAAAGCGAGCAGCCCUGGACGCUGCCUUUCCAUCACAGACAGCCGAAUUCCUCGAGCAGCCUGAGCAAGCAGAAAUGCCGUUGGCCCACUUUGGGGCAGUUGGACCGAGUGGGCCUGCAGAAGAAGAGAUGGAGCUGUAGAAGAAGGGAAAGAAGCAAGCUGCUUCACCUUUACUUUCUGAGCAAGCAGAGACGCUGCAGAGAUUGGAAGGUGCAGUUCUGCAAGAAUCCAGGGGUUUACCUAUAAAUCCAGAACAUGGGGAAGGCACUUUGGGGCUCCAGAAAAUAACCUGGCUGGUUCUGUGCAUGCACCUUGUCACCUUUUUACACAGUGAGAUGCCAAAUCUUGUGCCCCGUAAGCCUUGUUUUCUUGGAGCACCAGUGUACAGUUUGGAUCUUUUUUGAAAGGGAUCCUGAGAAAUCUGAUUGCUUGUGACAAAUACAGUGUUCGUUUCUGCUGCAGCCUUUCAAAGUUUGGGCUGGGUGGGCGAACCUGAAGCUCCUGUUCUAGCCCUUGGCAAGGAAUGUCUAUUCAGGCCUGGCGACACAGCUCCUCCACCAGCUCAACUCAACAUCAGUCAGUGGCAUUGACUUGCGAAUUCUGUUGUGUGAACCAUUGAGCCAGGAGUGGCUCCUGUUGGCGGAGGCAAAACCCCCCUUUGCCCUGUAGUUCCUUCUGUGGGGGAUCUCGGGGCACUGGCAGCACUGAAGGAAGUACGUCAUGCCUGUGGCAACCUAGCUGAGCUCAGCUGCUGGUACAUAACGUACCAGUUAAAACGUCAGACUGCCUAAGCUGUCAGGUUGUGCCCUUCUUUUAGCUUCUUGUGUGCCCGAGGAGCCAGUUGGCAGCCUAGGGCUCUGAAGCUCUUGCAACACCACCGUAAACGGAAAUUAUUGGCGGAAUUUUUAUGCCUCAACCCUUGUCAGGAAAUAGCUUACCUAAGGAAAAGCUCAAGCUUUACAAACUGCCUGUCAGAAAUCCAGAAAGGGCAAACUUGAUUUUCUUUUUUUCCGUGAAAGAGGGAUGAUUGAAAGUAGCUUGUGUGUCUUGGGUUCUAUUUUCCAUUUUCUGCAGAUACCUUUUCUUGGACCCAAUGUAUCAGCCUUCAUAGCUAAUAACCUUUUUUAAAUUUGAGAUUGGACAAAUCUUUAAAAUGUUACAUAGAUCUCAGUAAACUCGUUCUGAUAAUGUUGACAACUGACACCUUAAUAUUGCUACUUUGUGAAGUUGCCUUUGCUUUUAAGUAACUUUUUUCAUUCUAGCAAAAGCCUUUGUGCCUCUCUCUUCUGUUUGUUGAACAGCAAGCCCAAGCCCCUUUAAAAGCUUGUAAUAGAAGUUUGGGAAGGAGCUGGAUGGCCCUUCUAUGUUCUGUGAGAGGUCAGAAACCAGCCCAUGCUAUGUCCCAGGGAGAACAGCUAGUGCCAAGUGCCCACAGGAUUGGAGCUGGCUUUGCUUAUGCCCUCCAGAAUCCAAGUAAUCUGACUGCCUUUUCUAUCAGAGGUGUUUCUGAUUAAUGCUGGUUAGACUUUGCUCUGGUGUGGGAAAGGGGAAAAGGAUUUUGUUCCUUAGACUACACAUAAAGUAACAUUCCCAAUCAUUGGAUUGGCUGCCCUUGAAAUUACCCAAUCCCCACUCACAGAGAAUAAAAACCUGCUUUUUAAGUGUAUCCAAAAGCGUAAUUCUUUGAGUGAUAGAUGGGCACUCAUUUGUUGAACAAGAAUUGCUUGUGGGAAUUCUGGAAGUGUUUUGUUGGAUAGUUAAUAUGGGAACCAGCAACAGUGCAUUGUGGUCUGUCUGCUAUUGGGCCAAAUCACAAUUUGUACGUCAAUAAACUUUUUUUAAAACA